AUGGCAGGUGUAAAAAGAGUGUCGUUAACGAUGCAACAGCGACUGGACGUUCUCAAGGAUCUGGAGACAUCUUCCAUCGCAACUGUCGCUGCAAAAUAUAAUGUGCACUACACCACGGUUCGUCGUAUAAAACAAAAAGCGGCGGUGAUUGGUGAAUUUGAAGACCAAGAUUCGAAGGCAAAGCGACGACAGAGGGUCAGAAAACCAAAGUUCGAGGAAUUGGAGGAACGCCUGUUGAAAUUGUUUAUAGAAAGGAGAACCGUAGGAGAUUAUAUAUCAGACGCGCUGCUAAUCGAAAAAGCAACCGAAUUGAAAGAGGAGUUUGGAGCCCCUUCCCAAUUUAAAGUGAGCAAGGGAUGGCUUGCAAAAUUUAAAAGACGCAACAACAUCAGAUUAGUUCGUGUAUACGGUGAAAAAGCCAGCGCCGAUGAAGAUGGAGCACGUAAAUUUGUGGCUGACUUCCAAACUUUCAUGGAAGACGAAGAAAUAAAUCCUGAAAAUGUAUAUAACAUGGAUGAAAGUGCACUGCUGUGGAAGGCUUUGCCAGUAAAAACUCUGCCAAGGGCAUUAAAACAUUUUAUGAAUCGACUUCCGGUAGUGUUUCGGGCUCAAGCUAAUGCAUGGAUGAGCCAAACUUUAUUCUUAGAUUGGGUGGAUAAUUGUUUUAAAAAAUCUGUUAGACAAUAUCAGUUAGAAAAUGGAUUAUGCGGAAAAGUUGUAUUAAUAAUUGACAAUUGUGCGAGUCAUAAACUACCAAUAAAUUACGUGCAGGAUGACCAUUUUAUAAUCAAAUAUUUAGCACCUAACACCACAUCUUUGAUCCAACCAAUGGAUCAAGGAAUUAUUGCUAAAUUCAAACGCAGUUUCCGCCAUAAAUUAACACAGCGGCUUGUCAGUUACGGAAGUGGUGCAGAACAAUUUUUUAAAACAUACGACGAGAGUAAAUUCACGGUAAACGAAACGAAUGGAAGAAUUUUGGUGAAUAUGGACAAGUGGCAAUAUUUGCAAAUUUUGAAACAAAAUUUAAAACAAAGUGCAGAAAAGUUAGGCAUAUUAAACACGUUUCAUAUGUACCAGGAUAACGAUCCUAAACAUAAAGCUGCCAUAAUAAGAGAGUGGCUUUUAUACAAUUGCCCAAAAGUUUUGGAGCCACCACCACAAUCGCCGGACUUGAAUAUAAUUGAAAAUGUAUGGCAUGAAUUGGAAGUGAGGAUUAGGCAGCACCACAUCAAGAAUGAAGAAGAAGAACAACAAGAAGAGGAAGAAAACCUUGUACCGGAAAUGCAACAACUUUUGACGAGCAUUUCGGAGCAUAAUGUAACCUCCGAAGAAGUUGAAGAAUAUUUGAACGAGUGUAGUGAGGAGGAAGAAACAUAUUCAAGAAAGAUUGAUGAUACGGACGAAAGCAGGGACAAAGACAAGGAUGAAGAAAGGGUUGAAGACAAGGAUGAAGAAAGAGAAGAACCAUGGGAAGAAGAACAGGAAGAAGAAAGCAACGAAAGUGACAGAACACAAGAACGUGGGAUCCCAGUAAACAGAGAAGAAAGACAGGAAUUGAAAGAUAUUUUCAGACGUUUGGAGCGUUAUAAAAACCGCAUCCCGCGUUCGUCUGAAUUGCUUCUAGAAGCAAUGAAAUUAUUAUUCUUAGGCGAGACAACUUCAAACACCUAA